ACAGUUGCGCCAAGGUCAUACAACGUCGAGGUAGUGGCAGUGCCGGAGGCGGAGCUGCUGCCUUGGACACAUCCACAUCGCUUAGCUCGCACAUGGACGGUCUUGGCAUGGGCAGUGGAACAGGCGCCACCGCCUGUUGCUCCAGUUGCUGCAUGGGUCCGCCGCCAGUGUUAUUCCUCUUUGUCACGCUCCUCAUGACGACCAGCGCCACGGCCAUGUUGUGUGCCGCCAUUAUGACUGACCACUGGGAGCACGUGACGUGGGAUCGCAACAGUCUUGAUCGGUACUCCAAUCGAUCGGGGUUGCAUCUGGAGUGGCUUCUCGAUGAGAAAGUCGCUGUGCUCAAGCCAGACAAGAAGGCAGAUCAUCGCUAUCGACGUGAUUCGGUGUUUCUGGUGCCAAUGCACGGCGGCAUUUGGACACUGUGCAUCGAUCUGCCCAUGCAGCAGCUGCAGGAGUUGCGUCGCAAUCCAAAAUUUCCACGUGGAGCGCCGCCGUGUGUCAACUACUUAGCGGGGUCCAUGGAGAACGCACGGGGCGAGGAGCAGCGCAAUGAUUGGCAGCACAGUGAGUCACAGGUCAUCACACUGCAGCCGCAUCUGAGAAUGCAAAACUUGUCCAUAUCCUGUUCACUGGUCUGCCUCAUCAUUCUGGGCAGCGCUGCUUUGGUUGGCGCCUUUGGCGUUUGUCAGCGUCAAAUAAGCGCCAUUCUCAUAACGGGUGUCAUGUAUCUGCUGGCAGCUCUGUUUGCGCUGUUUACACUGAUGAUAAUACACUUUAAGAGACAGCAGGGACGUCCAAUGCUGGACAGCGACUACGACGGCACCGUCGAUGGAAUUGUGGCACGUCCAGGUGGCGUGGCCAUUGUGGCCAAACCGCUGCUCGGCGCACGGGUGUUCCUAACUUCAUGGAGCCUGGAUCUGGGUUGGGGCGGCGUAGUGUUGUGUGCGAUUACGUCGGUGCUGUGGAUUCUCCUCUCCAAGAUCAUGCGCUACAACCCCUUCUCGGCACUAAUGAUUUAGCUAAACGCCCUGCCGCUCGGCGGAUAUGCCAGCUAUGGCAGCUACGAUAGUUAUGGCAGCUACGGCAGCACCAACAGUAGCAGCAGCGGCGCAAGCGCCAGUUACUUGUUGGCGGGCGCCACAUCGUCGACGCGGCAUGCGGAGCAUCAUGGCAAGGGCAAAUACAUACUCUGAGCUUCCCCUUUCUAAUGUCAUUCCUUCUCAUCCUCCUCCUUUUCCUCUCCUUUUCUAUUUUACUUGAACUUGUCUCGCUCCUUAUACUCUAUACCCACAUCCACACUGUGUGCGUAACGGUUGAUUUCAACUAAUUUAACUUAAUUUGUUGGCAGUGUUGGAAAAUGUACCAAAACUUAAGAUAACCCGCAACUAAAUCAAUUGCCUUGUUCUUAUAUUAUACGUAUAAUUACACUUAUACCUAUACUUAUUAAAUUUUCUUAUUGUAAAUCAAAUUUACAAAAACACCUAAAUUUUUGUAUAAAUUAUACUUACAGUUAGCAAUUCUACACGAAACAUAAACCAAACACAACAAACACUAUCUACAUUUUCGAUAUGUAGAAUUUGUAAUGUUCGGGGUUUAUUUACAAAUUUCCAAACCGGGCUUUUGCUUUAAUGCGCUUAUCUAUUAUAGUAACAAUUUUGCUUGCCUAUAGCAUUACCAAUGUCAAGUCUAUGUAGUUCCGGUGUACAGUUGGUCACACAAAAUGUAGGUAAAGCAAAUAAAAACAAAUACAAAUACAAAAAAGAAAAAUACAUAAAAAAAAUAAACCACAUUCAUAGAGUGCUUUAAAAUGUGGUUUACAAAACUUAACUUAUUGUAUUUCUAUAAGAACAACAGCAAUAUGUUCUUAACUAAACCAACAAGUGUAUUUUUAUGCAAAACGCUUUGCCUUAAUAGAAAAACAAAAC